AUGCAGGUGACAGCAGGAAUGGAAGUAGUAGGCCGUAUUCAGCUGCGGACAAGACGGACUUUGCGGGGUCAUUUGGCUAAGAUAUAUGCCAUGCACUGGUCUACUGACUCCAGGCUGCUGGUCAGUGCAUCACAGGAUGGAAAACUGAUUGUGUGGGACACGUACACUACAAACAAGGUGCACGCUAUUCCCUUGCGUUCCUCGUGGGUCAUGACUUGCUCAUAUGCACCGUCUGGUAACUUUGUGGCUUGCGGAGGUUUGGAUAACAUGUGCUCUAUCUACAACCUGAAGACACGUGAGGGCAAUGUGAGAGUAAGCAGGGAGCUCGCUGCACACACAGGUUACCUCUCGUGUUGCAGAUUUCUUGAUGACAAUCAGAUUGUGACAAGCUCAGGAGAUACAACCUGUGCUCUCUGGGACAUUGAGACAGGACAGCAGAAAACAGUGUUUACAGGGCACACAGGGGACUGCAUGAGUCUGGCAGUAUCCCCUGAUUUUAACCUGUUUGUUUCUGGAGCUUGUGACGCCAGCGCCAAACUGUGGGAUGUGCGGGAAGGGGAGUGUCGACAAACCUUCACUGGACAUGAGUCAGACAUAAACGCCAUUUGUUUUUUCCCCAGUGGUCAAGCAGUCUGCACAGGUUCUGAUGAUGCCACAUGUCGUCUAUUUGAUCUGCGUGCAGACCAGGAGCUGAGUGUUUAUUCUCAGGACAGCAUUAUCUGCGGAAUCACCUCAGUGGCAUUUUCACGAAGUGGGCGCCUUCUUCUUGCUGGAUAUGAUGAUUUCAACUGUAAUAUCUGGGACUCUCUGAAAGGAGAGCGCAUAGGUGUUCUCUCUGGCCACGAUAACCGAGUGAGCUGCUUAGGGGUCACAUCUGAUGGGAUGGCUGUGGCUACUGGAUCAUGGGACAGCUUUCUGAAGAUCUGGAACUAG